AUGGGUGACCUAUGGGUACUUCUUUUUUUGCCUCUGUACCUGGCAGCCUUUCGUGGGGUCAAAGGCUGUUUGGAGUGUGACCCCAGAUUCAUAGAGGAUGUUAGGACCUUGCUGGCAAUGCUGAUACCUGUAGAAGUUCCUGGGAGAAUUCAACUGCUUGACAGGCAGCAUAAGGAGAUAAUCCAAUUAAGCUCCAAGGUCUCCCACAUGGAUAAGACGCUUCGGUUGUUGGCUGUUCGAAAUGUUAUCAAAAUGAGAGAAUGGCUGAAGCAUGAAUUUUAUAGACUGGGCAAUGAAACAUGGAAAGGUGCCUUUAUCAUGCAAGGCAAGCUUCUUCAAGUCCGUCAAAACCUGGGAUACCAACUGAAAGAAUCACUAAAGAGCUUCUCUGAAGUUGCUUGUUCAGAAGAUUGCAUUGUAAUUGAAGGUCCUGUCCUUGACUGUUGGACCUGUCUUCGCCUGACCACCCGGUGUUUCAGAGGAGACUAUUGUAAAGAUGAGAAUCCAAAGAAAGCUGAUAAUCGAGAGAUUGCACUAUAUCUGAUAUUGAUAGCAGAAGCUGUAAUAUUGGCAAGUGCUGUGUUACUAUUCCAUUUUUGCAUCUCACAUAGGAGGAAAAUGAAGGUAAUACGAAGGACACUGAAGACAUAUUUGGAGAAGAAACUUGAAGAAUUAGUGGGGAUUGUAGAUAAGGAUGAUGAAAACAAAGAUUCUGAGACCCAGAAAUCAAAUUUACAGCCUCAGACAGGAGAUCCUUCAGGUGUUGAGUCAGAGUUGCAAACUGGGACUUGA